GCGGAGCGGGGAGGCGCGCGGGCUCGGGGGGUGGGACCGGCCCCCCCGCGCGCCCAGACACUCAAGGACACGGACACGGGCAGAGCCACAGGCACACGCGCGCCCGCAGGUACCGCCACGCUCACACGCACUCACACUCAGGUACAGGCAGACACACACACACACACUCAUACACUCGUAAUCACACACACACACAGGCGCACUCAUACACUCAUAGACACACACCCCCCCACACACAGGUACACUCAGGCACAGACCCCAGGGACGUACGCGCACACUCGCAGGCACAGCCGCGGCCCCCGCCCGGGCCGGGCCGAGCCCUUGGAGCUCCCCGGGCUGCGGACAUGUACCAGGACUAUCCCGGGAGCUUCGACACGUCCUCGCGGGGCAGCACGGGCUCUCCGGGACACCCCGAGCCUUACUCUGGCGGCGCCGCGCAGCAGUUUGGCCUGUCUUACACUCCAGAGUGGAAUGUGUCUGUGUUCAAAGUGGACGAUUUUGGUCCAAUCUCAGGCCUACUGAAUUCAAAAUUCCGAGUAGAUAUGCCAGGAUCCGGCAGUGCUUUUAUCCCCACGAUUAAUGCCAUAACAACCAGCCAAGAUCUUCAGUGGAUGGUGCAGCCUACUGUGAUCACCUCCAUGUCGAGUCCCUACUCUCGCUCCCAUCCUUACAGCCAUCCUCUGCCCAACCUAUCUUCGGUUGCUGGACACACUGCCCUGCAGAGACCUGGCGUUAUUAAGACUAUUGGGACAACAGUGGGCAGAAGGAGAAGAGAUGAGCAGCUGUCACCCGAAGAAGAGGAGAAGCGAAGGAUCCGGAGAGAGAGGAACAAGCUGGCAGCUGCUAAGUGUCGUAACAGGCGUCGAGAGCUGACAGAGAAACUCCAGGCGGAGACUGAGGAGCUGGAGGAGGAGAAAUCAGUACUGCAGAAAGAGAUAGCAGAUCUGCAGAAGGAAAAAGAUAAGCUGGAGUUCAUGUUAGUGGCUCAUAGCCCCGCAUGUAAAAUCAGCCCAGAGGAGCGUCGUAGCCCCCCGUCUAGCAGCCUCCAAACUGUCCGGACCGGAGUGAGUGGAGCUGUGGUGGUGAAGCAGGAGCCUGUGGAGGAAGAGAUCCCGUCCUCCUCUUUGGUCCUCGACAAAGCCCAGAGGUCUGUCAUUAAGCCCAUCAGCAUUGCAGGGGGGUUUUAUGGGGAGGAAUCACUCAAUACUCCCAUCGUGGUGACCUCAACGCCUGCCAUCACCCCUGGCUCCUCUAGCCUGGUCUUUACAUACCCCAAUGUGCUGGAUCAGGAAUCUCCUCUCUCCCCUUCAGAGUCCUGUUCCAAAGCUCACCGGAGAAGCAGCAGCAGCGGUGACCAGUCCUCGGAUUCCUUGAACUCUCCAACUCUGUUGGCGUUGUAAUCCCUCUACAUCCCCCAUUUGCCAAUGUGUUACAUUCCCACCCAGUACCCUCGGGGGACACCCCCUCCAUGGGAUUAAAGACAGGCACAAGGUCGUUUAAGCACAAGGGCAGCAAGAGCAAGAAAGGGGAAAUGCUGUGGCUCCAGGACCUUCCUGGGGCAGGAAGAAUGAGAACAAACAGAAGCUCCAUGGAGGAGAAAAUGGCAAUGGUGGGAAUGAAAUGCCUUGUCUGUUUUGAAGAGGGGGAAAUCUUCCCUCUGUAGGAGCUGCCUAUGGAAAUCUUUUCAUGUCUUUAGUGGACUUGGGAAAACACUCUUGGCCAGGACUGGAGGCGAGCUGCAGAAAGUCACUAAUCCCUUGCCUUUGUGAAUUACUUUGAAAGGUUACUUGCUGUGCUUACUUAAACCUGGUUAGUUUUGAUCUUUUUAGAUAUUUUCUGUCUUAUUUUUUGUUGUUGUAGCUGUUGUUACCAAGACAUUUCAUCUAGUCAGUCUAAACUCUAAAGGCUUGUUAUGAUCUUUGUUAGCAGCUGAUGAUGUGGGGGAAGGAGCUAUAGGGAACAUUACUGUUGUCAAGGUGGGAGGGUGCAUUUGGAGGAUGGAGGGGGGGGAGUUGAGAGGCACCCCAAGGACUAUGUGCAGAGUUUGAUUUGAUAGCCUAUAAGUCUCUGUGACAAGGAUAUGAUGAAGAGAGACUGCAGGAGGCUUAUAUGUUUGGGUUGGGGGGAGGCAAGGAUUGAGUAUGGGAGGAAUCAUUGAGUGUGAGAGCUGCUUUGUUCCCCUGUGCAGUGUAAUAGCCAGGUUAGCAAAACACCUCCUGUAUGGGGCCAGGAGAGGUGCCAGGAAACUGAUGGGAUGCUCGAGUCAGUUUCCACUAGACUUUGGCAGUGUUUCUUCUGUAAUUAGGGUUUGCCAGAUUGGCUUUUGGACCUUUGUUUCCUUUGCCCUGGCUGCCAGCCACCAUGGGUGUAACUCACCUUCCUCCUCAUCACAUUGUCUGAUUCAGAAGUUGAUCCCAGCCUGAGAGCAAGCCUUACCUCCCCAGCCCAUAUCCAGAAUGUGUCGCUAAAGAGAAUGUGCUGUUCUUGUGAAUCCAGGAAAGAGAUUAACUGAAGGCAAGAGGGCAAAGCUACGUGGACACUCAUUUGGCUGCUUCCUUUCGGCACAAUGCAACAGUGCAGUUGUACCUCUGAGCUCUAUGUUUGGUUCUGUCACUCACUCAUAGUUUCCUUGAUGUUAAGGUCAGAGGAGCCCAUUUUGAUCAUCCAUUCAGACCUCCUGUACAGCACAGGCCAUAGGACUUACUUGAAUUAAACCCUUGUCAGAAUUACAGCACAUCAUGUAGAAGAACAUCCAAUCUCAAUUCCAAAAUUGACAGUGAUGGAAUCCAUCAUUCCAUUACACCUCAGUCCCUGGCCUCUGUUGGGUUUUGCUACUUGAUUGAUAUGGGGGAGAAGAGGUUCUGGUCUUCAAGGCAACUGGAGAACUCUGCCCCUUACCCUGGGUCGUCUUAUUCAGUGUUUGCUGCCAACAUAGUGUCCCUGAUCAGGCACAGCUGUUUAACAUGGAUAUUCACUACUGAUAACGGUGAUGUGCUUAACCUGAGUUCAUCAGGAGUUAGCUUCCAACUCUUGUUGAUGUCAGUAGCACUGAAACAUCUUGGUCAUGUGCACGUUAGGUUUUUCUAAGAGUGGGUGUUGGAUCAGGUCACUUGGGUGGAAGCUGAAGGCUCACUUAAAUGUACUCAAAGGGAAUCUCCUUGGUCCCAGCUCGCUGCAGCUGCAGGGUAGCACAUCAAAGCUACUUCUAAUUGUGUGGUAUCUUCUUUGCUUUAUUAACAGAAAUCUAUUUAUGUUCUAUGUGAGGCUGGACUGGAGAAAUCUUUGAUGCAUUUAUGCCAUUGUAAGGGCCAAGCCUGUGAAGUGCUCAGCUCCUUCACAUCCUACUGACUCCACUGGAAUUAAGACUGCUCAACACCUGGCUGGACCCGACUUUUACUGAGCAGUCGGGGGUCCUGCAGUAUCUUUGAAUUUUUGUAUCUUUCUUAAAGGGUCACUGUCUUGCCCCUGAACAAAAAUGUUGCAGGGGUUGUUAUUUUUAUUUUAUUUUUUAAAACAAGCUCUUCUGCCAUAAGCAGAAAGAUAUUAGUGAGUUCCUACAAAACUGAAGUUCAGUAAUCCUGUUCUACUUCUCUGCUACUUAAAUCUUUUCUACAUUAUUCCAGCAACAGAGAUCGAAAACUAGACAGUGUUACAUCAGGAAGAUUGCUGCUGCUUUUGCCCAGUCUAGCAGAGCCUCCCUUGCUUCAGGAAUAUUCAGUAAAAUUGCCUUGUUUCACUCCCACCCUGACAUGGUGGAACAUCAUGCUAACAGGUGGUGACUCCUCUUAAAAUAAAUAAAUAAAUAAAAAAAAUGCAAGUCUUUUUUGUCUUCUCUGCUUGCCCACCAGUGUUUCCUGGACCAGCUGACCUGAUUAGCAUUUUGCAGAGAGUCACUGGAAUAAAGGUUGGAUUGAUAAAAGAGGUCCAAUCCUACAAGGAACUGAAUAGAGACCUGCCUUCCUACACUUCUGAGUUUAUUACACUGGCAGCAGGAGAGUAAAAGCCUCCUCUGAAGUCUUGCUGAUCACCACACAAGUCUGUGGUGUCUUUAAAAAUAUUUACUUAGACCCCUUUAGUAUUGGAAAAUGAGGCACUGCUCACAAGCUGAUCAGCUCUCUAUCAGACUUGUGAUGGAUCAGUCAUUGUCCUUACUGUAGAGGUGUGCUGACAAACCUCCAGGAGAGUAAAAGAUCCAUCCAGUAUUGGUGGGUAAGCAGAGGAGCAAAAUAUAAUCUCGUCAUCCUUUCCCUUGCCCAUGAAACCUCUUUUUGUCAUCAGCAAGAGUCAGACUUACGAAUGAGAGGUGUCCGUUACCACAAGUGGCCCAAACCCCUGUCUCAGCUAUAGAUUGCUUUCUACAAGGGACGUCAAGACUUUUUACAGAUACCAAGCCCUCAGCUUAAAGUCUAAAAAUAAUUACUUGUUUCUGUCUUUAUCUAAGCAAAAGAAUCCCCUUUCCUCACCUUUGUGCCAUGGGGGUACAUCCAAUGGAAAAUCGGCUCCUCUUUUUAGGCCUAAUUCAUUGUGAUGUUGCCUAGAUGGCCUCAUUCUCCUCUGUCUGCCAUUAGGUCAUGAGACUCUUUACAUUUUUCUUGAGUGAUGAUGACACAUUAGCUUUUUGAUAGUCUUGUUACAAGUCAAGAUACAGCCUGAAGUCUCUGUGAGAUGGGUCCUGGAUGCUUUUUAUUGUGAGUGUCAGCAGGCACAUCUACACGCACUGAUGCGCCAUAGGUACGGUGCAUUAAGUUUUAGUACCUGUAAUAACAGGUACUAACUAAAUGUGCAGUAAUUGGCACUACUGCACAGUAGCUCUGGCACACACCUUUUUAGUGACACUAAUGUGCAGGAGAUUCAUUCUACUGUAGUUAGUGCAGUAGCACGGCUUUUGCUGUGAUGUACUAAUGUUCAGUAGAAUUAGUCUACUGCACGUUUAGCGCCUUGUGUAGACGCACCCAAUGUUGCCUGCUCUCUUCCAGGUGUUGACAGUCCCCACUAGUCCCCAGCUGGUGCUCUCCAUGAACAUCCACUACAGGGAUUCCUGGACGUGCAAUGACUGAAUAUUGUACGUGCAUGGUUGGGGCUCAGGGUGGAUGACGUCAAGAAUCCAAAGGCCAUUGUAGUUGGUAGAAAGACCUCUAGGAAUUUCAACAGCCUUUGGAUCAUGCCCCUGAUGACUGACUCCAAUUCAGUAAAGUGCCUAAUAACAUGCUUAAAAUUAAUCAUUGCCAAUGUGGGUGAGUGGGGAGCAGUAGCAGUUAAACUGAAGGAAACUUUUAUUCAGACUCCAAGUGAUAUGUCAUUCUGAUGUCACCCUUUCUCCCAUGCCCCCUUCUAGCUGUGACAUUUGCCUCUGUCCUUUUCUUUCUCUUUGGUAUAGGCACUGGCUAAGUCCAGAAACUGCUUGUGAUAUGAUAGGACUUGGGACCAACAUGCUGGGAUCAGUCGUGGGGCUUUUGUUUUUUGAGGUUUUUUUAAUCUUAUCAGAUGAACAUAAUAGAUCAUUCAAAUUCCUUUAUUUUUGCUGCUUUCUGCAUGUAGGAUCCACCUGGCCUUAGUCUGAAGAAAAAAAAAAAAAAAAAAAAAAAGGAAAGAAAGAAAUAGUAUCUCAUUAUUUAUUGGCAGGCAAGUAUUUUGUGCCUGCUCCAGCAGAUCUGCCCACCGUUAAUUUAACAACCUCAUGUUCCUGGUGUUUUGUGUCCCCCCCCCCCCAUCCCCCGCCCUUUAAUCCUAAAGCAGAAUUCUGAAGCAUUUAAAUUUUUUUUUUUUAAAUGACUACAACACUUACAAUCUUUCUCAUUUGAAAGGCCAGGUCAAACAUUUUUAGAGGUAGGGGGGAGGGGAGAGGGAACAGUCUACUGUUUAGUCCUUAUUUAUUUAUCUAUCAUGUUUACAUCUUUUUCUCUGUUCCAGACCUGGAUAUAAAAAAGACAGCAUUAAAAAUACUCAACUGUUUUUUUGCAGGCUAAUAAUGCUUUUUUUCAUUUCUUAAAUGAUUCCUUUUUUGUCUGUAUAAAAUGUAUAAAAAGAUAUGUUUCUAAAGAUGCAUUAUCAUUCCUCUGUGAACAGGAGUUAGGGCUGGGGACACAUCUCAGAGUACAAGAUAAUAACAAAAUCUUAUCCUGUUCUACUUAAUUGUUCCCCUCUCAUACUGUCUGAUUAAAGGGUUACUCCACUUUCUUGUCUGUGGUUACUUGAUAUUAAAAACAUAUUAAAAUGUGUAGAAAAUAGGUAUAAAAUUGUUUUUGGUCAGUGAGAGGAUAAAAUGUUGUAUAUAUCUUGAUAAACUGUGUAGUUCAAAAUAACAUCAAUAAGGGAUAGUGCAUCUUUAUUAGAGCGAUAAGUUACUAGUGUCACUGAAGUCUACUUUAAGAUCCUUGUAGGAUAAAAGGGCCUGAUUCUGAUUCCACUCAGAUGUGGGUAAAUCAGAAGUGACUCCACUGAAGUGAAAUCAGUGGAGUCGCACUAGGGUAGGAGCAGUGUGAUGGCAAUCGGGAUCAGGCCCCAGAGAUUCAUACACAUCUAUGGAGAUCAAUGAAUGUUUGGGGCACCAGGAUUUUUUUUUCUGAACAAGUUUAGAUAGUGAUUUUUUGUUUUGCCUGGGGUGAAAUAGUUUCUGCCAAGAAGGUUCUUCAAGGUGACUGAAUUGGGGCCCUUCAUUCCUUUUUGAUCUUUAUAUAGUUCUUGUGGUCGUGGAGAAACUCGGCUCUGAAGCAGUCUCUCUGGUGUUGACUCUUUUUCUGUUCUUGUUAUUUUACUGUAAUACAGGCCUACAGUAUUUGCACUAAAACAAAAAAGCUUGUUAGAGAAAGCUUGCUGCUAUGAAAGAAAGAACAUAUUAAAAUGGUUUUGCUUUUACAAUUUUACCUGAGUAGCAUUUUAUAGAAUAAAAAUCAAUUUAGAUUGAAAAGAAGAAUGAUUUUUUUGCCCCUCUUCUUUCUUUUCCUUCCAUUCCUCUGUGGUCUGUUAUUCCCCCUUCCCUUGGUGCUCAGUUGUAAUGAUUGGCUGUGUUGUGACUAUGCUGCUGAGAGUUAUGACACUUGUAAAUCCUGUUUUAAAGACAUUGUGGACACUCUUUUGUAUAGCGAGAGGUAACUGGAGUUCUUCUUUUCUCUGUUAAUUGAAGUCAUUAAAAGACUCUCUUUGCCAUGAACAAUUAAAA